GUAGAAUGGCAAAGUUUAAUGACGACGCAUCGUUUUUUUUUAAUUUCUCUCGUUGAGGAGUUCCCUGCACUGUGGGACAUGAGCAGCGAACUGUAUUCAAAGACCAACCUCAAGACGUCAAUAUGGGAGAAAAUUGCCGAAGAGACGUUCGCACGGUUCCCGCAAUUUGCACCAUACACAGUGGAUUUUUUGAAAAGAUUUCUUCAAAAUAAAAGAAGAACGUACCGAGACGAAAGAAAGAAGAUUUUGAAAACAAAAAGUGGCCAGGCAGCUGACGAAGCCUACAGCGGAAAAUGGAAGUUCUUUUCGGCCAUGCGCUUCCUGGAUGGAGCGACAACUCGAGCAGGGAUGGGGAUGUCCAGCUUCGACUUUGCAGGAGUUCCUCUGGGCAGGCAACUGUGUUGGCAUGCGGCUGCAGCAGUCUGACGAGGGGAGCCCGGAAGAUGUGCUCAGCCCAGCACAGAGCCCUGAACCGAGUCCUGGAGCCGCCUCUGGGGCAGGCCCCUCCUUGACAGGAAAAGAAUCGGCGUCUGCACCUCCCAAGAAAAGGAGGGUGCACGGAGCAGAACUGUCCCUCAUGGAACAGAGGACGGCAGCCCUUACAAGGCUAACAGAGUGCAUGGAAGCACCACAACCAGCACCAGAUGACAGUGCUGCGUUUGGCAUGGUGGUGGCCGAAUAUUUACGGUCGAUGUCUCUGGCAGCGAGGGCUAGAUGCCAGAUAUCGGUCUU